UGCAACUAGAGCCUCUAUCGUCGAUUUGGUGCACCUCCGCCCUUCGACGCCACUGCCGCCCCUUCGCCAACGCCCCCUCUGCCGCCUCCUCUGCCGCCACCACCAUUUCCACCACUCCUCCACUCAGUCCAAAUCGAAGCUCUAUACCAGUGUAGUGACAUGCAGAGCGCCACACUGUGCUGCUGACUGCCGCCGAACUCGCCACACAAAGGGAUGGGAUAGCGACACAAAACUUCGCGAAACAAAUCGAACUAUCAACAAGAUUGGGAACGCGUCUCUAAAGGAGAUCGAAGAUGAUUGAUCCUUCAUCCUCCGAGGAGGACACCGAUGAGGAACACGGACCGCAACAUCCCGGUCAUCAUCCAAGCACGCGAUCACGCGGCGAUGCCCACCAUCAGGUCAGCCAGGCGGAAAGCUCGCCCUACCAUCACGCGCAUUCGUCUGAUGGAGGUGGCGGAAGCGGUAGCUUGGAAGUACCGAACAACUCGGGCGCUGCCACCAGGUCAUUGUCACCAUCAAGUGCCGUCUCCGCGGAAACCCUUAGUCAUAGCGUGGGAUCGUCUCGAGCGAAUUCCUUGCCUAGACCAACGAGCCCUUCGCCCUCGGUCGCCUCAGAGAAGACGGAGGUUGACAUCCAGGAAAAACAGGAACGCGAGGAGGAGGAACGGAAGAGACGCAUACAGCUCUACGUGUUCAUUUCAAGGUGCAUAGCUUAUCCAUUCAAUGCUAAGCAACCGACGGACAUGACGAGACGUCAGACCAAAAUCACGAAACCCCAAUUAGAAACUAUCAGCGCUCGAUUUCAAAGCUUCCUCAAAGGCGAAACGCAAAUAAUGGCCGACGAAGCUUUUCAAAAUGCAGUACAAAGUUAUUACGAUGUUUUUUUGAAGUCUGAAAGGGUGAUAAAAAUGGUGCUCUCAGGUGCUUGUUCUCAAUACGAUUUUAGAGAAGUCUUCAAGAACAACAUAGAGAAACGAGUUAGGUCUUUACCAGACAUGGAGGGCCUUAGCAAAGAAACCGUCUUUACCUCAUGGAUGGCGAAAUUCGAUUGCAUUUUGAAAGGUUUAGGAGACGAAGACACGAAAAGGCCUUCAAGGAUGCAACAGCAAUCCCUUAAUUCCGAACUAAUUUUAUCUAAGGAACAACUAUACGACAUGUUCCAACAGAUAUUAGGAGUUAAGAAAUUCGAACACCAGCUACUGUUCAACGCCUUAAUGCUCGAUUCCGCGGAUGAACAAGCCGCAGCAAUAAGACGCGAACUAGAUGGUAGAAUGCAGCGCGUCUCCGAAAUGGAGAAGAAUCGCAAAUUAAUGCCAAAGUUUGUGCUAAAAGAAAUGGAAUCACUAUACAUAGAAGAAUUAAAAUCGUCGAUAAACCUUUUGAUGGCGAACUUAGAAUCGCUGCCGGUCUCGAAAGGAUCGAUGGACUCGAAAUAUGGCUUGCAAAAACUAAAACGAUAUAACCACAGGUUGCACAACCAUAAUAAACCAUAUACAAUGAAGCACCUUUUGAUGAAUUAUGUUACUUCUUUUAGAUCCCAAGGAUCUUUAGCAAAAUUAGAAGGAGAUUCCGCGGAUAGCGAUACGCAACUAACAAAACUUGAUGUAGUUUUAACUUUUCAAUUAGAGGUGGUGGUGAUGGAAGUCAAAGGUCUGAAGUCAUUGGCGCCCAAUAGGAUCGUCUACUGUACGAUGGAGGUGGAGAGCGGCGAGAAGCUUCAAACCGACCAGGCGGAGGCGUCGAAACCGAUGUGGGAUACCCAGGGAGAUUUCUGCACGACCCAUCCACUUCCAGCUGUCAAGGUGAAACUCUACACGGAAAAUCCAGGAAUGCUAGCUCUGGAGGAUAAGGAGCUAGGAAAAGUUGUACUGAAGCCAACGCCGCUUUCAUCAAAGGCACCGGAAUGGCAUAAAAUGACUAUACCGAAAAACCUGCCCGAUCAAGAUCUGCGAAUCAAGAUUGCGUGCCGGAUGGACAAGCCAUUAAACAUGAAGCAUUGUGGAUACCUCUACGCUCUAGGAAAAUCGGUUUGGAAGAAGUGGAAGAAGCGGUACUACGUGUUGGUUCAAGUGUCGCAGUAUACGUUCGCGAUGUGCAGUUACAAAGAGAAAAAAUCAGAGCCAUCGGAGAUGAUGCAGCUCGAUGGUUAUACAGUCGAUUACAUCGAAGCUUCAAACGCGAACCUGAUGGUUGGAAUGGAUCUGGAAGGUGGCAGGUUUUUCUUCAACGCAGUUCGCGAAGGUGACAGCAUCUUAUAUGCCAGCGACGACGAGAAUGAAUGCCAUUUGUGGGUGAUGGCAAUGUACAGAGCGACAGGGCAAUCUCACAAGCCGACACCGCCAGUCACGCUGCAAGACAAGAAUUCUACUAUCUCCAAAAUACAAGGUGAUGCGGACAGAGCACGCAAGCACGGUAUGGAGGAUUUCAUUUCGGCAGAUCCUUGCACGUUCGAUCACGCAACCCUUUUCAAAUUACUACAAAAUCUCACGUUGGAAUACCGUUUGAACGAUCCGUAUUGCUCACUGGGCUGGUUCAGUCCAGGUCAGGUCUUCGUCCUCGACGAAUACUGCGCCCGGUACGGUGUUCGUGGUUGCUACAGACACCUCUGUUACCUAUCCGAUUUGUUAGAUCGGGCUGAGAAAAACGUGAUGAUUGACCCGACUUUGAUACAUUACAGCUUCGCCUUCUGCGCCAGCCACGUGCACGGUAAUAGUAAUGACUUCAGACCCGACGGCGUUGGUAGCGUAACGCACGAGGAGAAAGAGAAGUUCCAGGACGUGAAAGAGAGACUCCGAGUUUUGCUCGAGGGUCAGAUUACUAAUUUCCGGUUCUGUUUCCCAUUCGGUAGACCGGAGGGAGCGCUCAAGGCAACGCUAUCAUUACUCGAGAGGGUUCUGAUGAAGGACAUCGUUACGCCCGUUCCACCAGAGGAGGUCCGAGGUAUGAUCAAGAAGAGCUUAGAGACAGCGGCGUUGGUCAACUACACGCGACUAUCCAACGAGGCGAAAAUCGAAGAGGAUUUGCGCGGGGAGCAGAUAGUGUCACCGAAAAAAAAGCUCGAUGAUUUGAUUCAUCUGGCGGAGCUUUGCGUUGAUCUGUUGCAGCAAAAUGAAGAGCACUACGCCGAGCUGCGAAAGGCUGAGCGGCAAACAUCGGCCCAACCUUCGAGCGCGAAUUCGGGCACGAAUACGGGCACUCCGAGCCGCGAUGCUAAGCAGCAAAGCUCUGUGUAUCGCUAUUGCAUGCCACAGCAUGCCACUUACACCCCACCAGACCCCACGGCGUUCGCCUGGUUUAGUGAUUUGCUCGUCGAACACGCGGAGAUAUUUUGGUCUCUGUUUGCAGUCGACAUGGAUCGAGUUUUGGCUGAACAGCCUGCCGACAGUUGGGAAUCUUUCCCAUUGUUCCAAAUAUUGAAUGAUUAUCUGCGUGCAGACGAUAACCUGAAGAACGGCCGCUUUCAUCAGCAUCUCCGGGACACCUUUGCCCCUCUGGUCGUUCGAUACGUCGACCUUAUGGAGUCCUCCAUCGCCCAAUCGAUUCAUAAGGGAUUCGAGAAGGAGAGAUGGGAAAUUAAAGGUAACGGAUGCGCAACGUCUGAAGAUCUCUUCUGGAAGCUAGAUGCACUUCAGUCGUUCAUCAGAGACCUUCACUGGCCGGAUGCGGAGUUCAGGCAGCAUCUGGAGCAGAGGCUGAAACUGAUGGCCUGCGAUAUGAUCGAAUCCUGCAUCCAAAGGACGGAGGGUGCUUUCCAGCAGUGGCUGAAAAAGAGCGUCACGUUCAUAUCCACAGAUUACAUCCUUCCUGGCGAGAUGUGCGCCAUGGUCAACGUAAUUUUAGACGCGAAAAAUCAAUCGUUCAAACUCUGUGCCGUCGAUGGCAUCGAUGUUCACCAAUACCACGCGAAAAUCGACGACCAAAUUGAUAAAACUCUCGCCGCAAUGAACACGGGGAUGAUAAACAAGCUGAUGUCGGUGCUAGAAGCAACCCUCUCGAAGUUGUCGCGGUACGAUGAGGGUAGUCUAAUUGGCUCCAUCCUUAGCUUUACGAACGUGUCCGGAUCCGGUAAGGAUAUGGGACAAGGAUACGUGAAUUUCAUGCGGAACUGUAUGGAUCAAAUUCGGGGGAAGGUCACGGACGAGCUAUGGAUUUUGAACUUUUUCGAACAGUGGUAUACGAACCAGAUCAAUAUGCUAUGCAAUUGGUUAUCGGAACGAUUAGACCAUACCCUGCAUCCAUUCCAAUGCACGUGCCUUGCCCACAUCGUGAAAAAAGUCUACUCUGAUUUCGAGCUACAGGGCGUGAUGGAGGACAAGCUGAACUCCAAGGCCUACCAGACGAUCGCUCAGAGGAUGCAGACGGAAGAAGCCACAUGCGCUCUCACCAUGGGCCAAGCCGAAGGUGCCGAUGGCGUUGAAGACGAGGGAGAUAGUAGAGCCAAGCCGAAAGCAAAUAUCGUUGAGAGCCUCGGCGAGGACGGUAACUACGUAUCUAAUAUAAGCAAUCUAGUUACGAAUCGCGUUGGUAACAUCUUCGGUAAAGGGAUCGGUGGACUCAGUACAAAGUUUGGUGGCGGUGCUAGUAGUUGGUUCUAAGAAGUAAACGAUAUUGAAAAAUCUAAAAUAAAGAAGAA